AUGACUUUCAGUUUGACACCACAGCAACGUCGCAACGUUUCUAUUGCUGCAAUUUCUGCAGUUGCAGUUUUCGGAAUUGCUUCUAUAAUCUUCAAGACCUAUCCACAUUUGAAACCAAGCUUUUUGGGUGGAAAGAAACCUUCUGACGAUCCAGAUGAAGAUGAAGUUCUAAAAUCGACCGUUGUUGUUAACAAGAAGGAUAUUGCUGAUUGGUCAGAUGAUGAUCUCAAAGCCUUUUUGAAAGAAAAGGAAGUUUCCGUUCCGGAAAGCGCAGAGCACUCAGAUCUUGUUGCCCUUGCUACCCAAUUCAAAUCAGACUAA